AUGUCUGGUCGUGGUAAAGGGGGAAAAGGCUUAGGUAAAGGAGGCGCCAAGCGUCACCGCAAAGUCUUGCGAGACAAUAUCCAGGGUAUCACGAAGCCAGCCAUCCGGCGCCUUGCUCGCCGCGGGGGCGUGAAGCGCAUUUCUGGCCUCAUCUAUGAGGAGACCCGCGGCGUUCUGAAGGUGUUUCUGGAGAACGUGAUCCGUGAUGCGGUCACUUACACGGAGCACGCCAAGCGCAAGACCGUGACCGCGAUGGACGUGGUCUACGCGCUCAAGCGGCAGGGACGCACUCUGUACGGCUUUGGCGGCUAA